AUGAAUGACAAAAUCCAGACUGAGGAUACCGUCGACGAAAAGCAUGGCACCGUACUGGACACUGUCAUACAAGUUACUCAGGCCGAGCAUGAACUCGGCUUCUGGAAAGGUGCGAAGCUCUAUCCCAAGGCUGUUUUCUGGUCAGCAUUCUUCUGUAUUGCCGUCAUUAUGGCCGGCUUCGAUCCACAACUGGUCUCAUCUUUCUACGCAUUACCUGCUUUCCAGAAGAAGUACGGUCAGUUGUACGAAGGCGAAUACAUAAUCUCAGCACCCUGGCAGACCGGCCUGGGCAUGGGAAAUGCUGUCGGACAGUUGGUUGGCGCACUUGCUUGUGGUUGGCCGCUUGAAAGGUUCGGUCGCAAACGCACAUUGGCGGCAUGUUGCUGUUGGUCCAUUGCUUGGAUCUUCAUGCAAUUCUUCUCCAGCAACUUGACCAUUCUUUGUAUUGGAGAGAUCUUCGCUGGCUUGGGAUAUGGCUUCUACGUCGUCAUUGCUCCUGUUUAUGCCUCUGAUGUAUGUCCUUUGGCUUUGCGAGGUGUUCUUACCGCGUCGGUCAAUCUGGCAUUUGUUAUCGGGCAGUUCAUUGCACAGGGUACUGCUGCUGGUGUGGAGAGCAAAACAGAUGCACUUGCGUAUAAGAUCCCCUUUGCAAUUCAAUGGGUCUGGCCUGUAAUCCUUUUGGUCGGUCUUUGCUUCGCUCCUGAAAGCCCUUACUGGCUAGUCCGUCAAGGACGAAGAGACGAUGCAAAGCACGCACUUGAGAAGUUGACAAGCAACAAAGAUCGUACAGGUCUUGAUGCUAUGCUCGUAUUGAUUGAAGAGACAGAUCUACUCGAACGUGAGAUCGAGGCAAGCACGACUUAUCUCGACUGUUUCAAGGGAAGCAACCUGAGAAGAACCGAGAUUUGUACCAUGGUCUAUCUUAUCCAAGUCAUUGGAGGUAAUCCUCUUAUCGGUUAUUCGACAUUCUUCUUUACCCAAGCUGGACUUGCUUCUGCCAACGCUUUCUACAUGGGCGUUGGCAACACCGCCCUUGGCUUUGUCGGCACAUGUCUGUCUUGGCCACUGAUGCUCAAACAUGGCCGCCGAACCAUCUACAUCCGCGGAAUGGCCGUCAUGACAACCAUCCUCUUCAUCAUCGGUUUCCUCGACAUCCCAAAGCACAAUACCGGAGCAAUCUGGGCACAAGCGACCUUCAUGGACAUCUGGACUUUCGUAUACCAAAUGACCGUCGGACCAAUCUGCUUUGUAUUGAUCUGCGAAGUCUCGUCCACUCGUCUUCGCGGUCGCACCAUCGCUAUAGCCACAGCUGUGCAAUCUUUGUUCGGUAUUGUUUUUACCAUCGGUAUGCCAUAUAUGCUCAGCAGCGAGCAAGGUGAUUGGAAAGGAAAAGCAGGAUAUCUGUUUGGUGCGAUUAGUGCGUGUUGUCUUGUCUGGUGUUAUUUGCGCCUUCCAGAGACAUUUGGAAGGACGUUUCAGGAGUUGGAUAUUAUUUUCGAUGCUGGGAUCAGUGCACGUAAGUUUGCCAGUUAUGAAGUGGUGCAGGAAGUGCAUGAGCUCCGGAAGGUGGAAUGA